AUGAAAUUUAGUCAAACUCCUAAAUCAACGUAUACAGAAAACUUUAAUCCUCCUCCUGGUUAUUAUAUUGGGAAUGAUUUAAAUGAUAUGUUAAAUACAAUUAAAACAAAACCACCUUAAUAAUAAUUCUCAAGAUCUGAUCGAUUUGGAGAAAUUUAAACAAAUAUUCAUGCUUAAAGUAAAACAGUAGAAGGAUUUGAUAAAAUUGCUUAUUAAGCCUCUUACAAGCAUUCUUUUCAAAAUUAGAAAUUAAAGGAUCAUAAUUACGUUUAUUAAGCAUAAGUAUGUAAGUUUUAUUAAAAUAUUAUAGUCUUAGCAAUAGUUGAAAAAGACAUAAGAAGUUGAUAAAAAAAUGAAGAAUCUGCUUAUAAAACAAAUGGAAAAUUGUUUGAGUUAGUAAUUAGAAAUUACACCAUCAGGAUAAUGUGUUUUAGAUAAAUCUAAACUGUUGCAAAAAUUAUAAACUAUUGCUCCUUUAUAAGUAAAUAUAAUAAAUUAAAAUAAUAGCCUCCUGGACCUGGACAUUAUAAUUCAAAUGAAACUUUUGUGAAACCAAGAGUUAGAGGUGCUAUCAUUAAAGAAGAUAGUAAAAGAACUACAUUUUAAGAACCAUUUUUAACAGCUGAUGUUAUUUAUGGAAAAUAAUUAUCUAAUAAUGGAUAAAAUGAAUCAGAACCCAAUUUAUCACAAAAGUCAAAGCAAAAGAAAAUAAAAUUUAUUAAAGGAGAUGAAUAUAAUUUGGAAAAAUUAUUUGAAAAAGAUAAGAAAAAAAAAGAAAGAUAAACAGCUCCACCACCUGGAUAUUAUGAAAUUGAAUCAUAAUUUGGAAAAAUUACAGAAUUAAAUUAUCAAAAUUAAUGUUUUGAUAGUAGAGAACCAAGAUUUAAAUAUAAUCCAGAUGAAAAUCCUGGACCUGGAUAAUAUAAAACUGAUAAUUAAUUUAAUGAAUUUGGAGGAUAUAUGUCAAAAUUACCUAGAUAAGCUCCAAAAGAUAAUAUGCUUGUUCCUGUUGGUAAUUAUAUUGUUUAAGAUUUAUAAAAACCUUAAAGAAAAGAUGGACUCUUUCCUUCAAGUUUUGGAUCUGGUUCAAAAAGAAUGAAGGAAAUCAUAAUUAGUAAUGAUGUUCCUGGUCCUGGUAGUUAUGAUAAUUUGUUUUUAAAAAAGAAGCAAUUUAAAUAUGUAUUUAAAAAGAAAGAGAAAAGACCUAUGAUUGAGAAAUAUCCAGAAUCAUUUGGAUUAUCAGUUGCAAAAGAAUUAGUGUCAAUAAAUACUACAAAAGAACGUAGUAAAUCUCUAUAAAAACCAGUAUAAUUAAAAGAUUUAAUUAGUAACAAUCUUCUAUGUUUUCAUCAAGUGUUCAGAGAUUUAAAGAUAAAAAAGUAACUGAAGAAUUAGGUCCUGGAAGCUAUACAUUUCAUGAUUAGUUUACUAAAAUGACUUUUAAUAAGGGGAAUGAUAUAUUUGGAAAGGGAUUAAGAAUCUAAUAAUAACAAAUGUAAGAAAUUGGUCCUGGAGCUUAUGAUGGUGAUUACAAAAUUCUAAAGAAAAAUUUUGUUAGAGAUGUUCAUUUUUGA